UCUGCACCCCGCCCGAAGAGUGCGCUCGGCUCUGCCAAGGACGCAGGGCGCGUGACUCUGCGCGGGCUAGAGUAACCGCCUGCUGGGUGCAAACCCUUUGCGCCCGGACCCGUCUAACGACUAUAAAGAGGGCAGGCCGUCCUCUAAGCGUCACCACGACUUCAACAGCCUGACUACCUUCUCGUCGCUUACUCCGUAGUUCCAGCUUCACCAGAUCUCGGAAUGGACCCCAACUGCUCCUGCUCCACCGGCGGCUCCUGCACUUGCUCCAGCUCCUGCGCCUGCAAGAACUGCAAGUGCACCUCCUGCAAGAAGAGCUGCUGCUCCUGCUGUCCCGUGGGCUGCUCCAAAUGUGCCCAGGGCUGCAUCUGCAAAGGCGCCACGGACAAGUGCACGUGCUGUGCCUGAUGUGAGGAACAGCGCUGCCCUCCACGUGUAAAUAGUAUCAGACCAAGCCAGAGUCUUCCAUACAGUUCCACCCUGUAUACUAAACCCCCGUUUUCUACCGAGUAUGUGAAUAAUAAAAGCCUGUUUGAUUCUAA